UAAAGCCCUAAUCCAACCAAAGAGUGUCUUUAUAAGAUGUGGUAGUCAAUGCUCUUUGUUGUUGUUAUGUUUUGUUUGUUUGUUUUUAAGUGAGGGUUUCUCUGUGCAGUGUUGGCUGCCCUGGAACUCACUCUGUAGACCAGGCUGGCCUCAGAAAGCUCACAGAGAUCCAACUGCCUCUCCCUUCAGAGUGCUGGGAUUAAAGGCAAGUGCCACCAGUGCUAGGCAGUCAGUGCUCUUUAGUCCCAGCAUUCAUGAUGGCAGAGGCAGAUCUCUGAGUCCCAGGCUAGCCAAGGCUGCAUAGUGAGAUGCCAUGUAUUAACAAAACAAAACAAAAAACAGAAAGGGGGUAGGGGUGGACAGCAGAAGCUAGUGUGGUAGUGCACACUUGUAAUCCCAGCACUCAAGAGGCAGAGUGAGGCAAGAGGGUCAGGAGCUCACCAGGCCAACCUGAACUACAUACUGAGCCUUUAUCUCCAGAAAAAAGAAGGAAGCAACAGCAGGGACUGAGCAGAGAAGAGGCCAUGUCCUCAUACACAGAAGGCAGAGGCAGAAACCAACCCUGUGAUGAGGUUGGAUCUUCAGCCUCACCGUGAGGAAACACUCCUUUGCAGUUUGGCAGUCUGAGCCUCCAGUCUGUGGUACUGUCAGAGCUCCCCAAUGUACAUGUUAAAUGUGCAGAUUUACAGCUUCCCCCAGGCCCAGAGGCAGAAUCUCUCUGAGUUUACAGGCCCAGAACUCAGCUCCAUGCUCUGGGAUGAAGCGGCCAUCAAGCACCUUUUUCUGAGCUCACAGGUAGCAGUGCAUACCUGACCCUCUGGUCACCAGCAUCUCUAACCACCAACCCUCCCUUGUCUGUGCCCAAGAGGAGCUGACAUCUUACCCAGCUCCCAGGUUAUUACCAGGUCACUCUGUCAAGUUGCUGCGUUUUUCUCAUCCCCUCUCUCCCACAAGCCAGGCCUGGACUAGGAUGAAUGUGAAGUCUAGAAGCCAGAAGAUAAUUGAGAUCCGAUCCGAGCACUCCUGGCCUGUGGAGAGAACUAUGCGUGGCUGUGGCUAACUCUGACUGGGCAGAUCCUAAGCACCACAGAAGGGACCUCUUGACCCAGGAGCAUGCCCAGUGGAUUCCAGCCACAGAGUUCUACACAAAUGGUUUCCUCUUGUACUUCUCUGCCUGUGAGCCAGUGAGGGAAGCGCCCUUUUUCACCCUCCUCCCUUCUCUACCCAAAACUCCAGACACACACCUCUGCCUGCCUCUUGUGGGUUUGCCACCCUCUGGUUGCUGUGAGCUUCCCUAGCCCCCAGGUGCUGGGGGUGAAGCCCUGAAAGUCCAGAACCCAAUCUGCCGGGAGAGAUACGUGUUUUUAGAGUCAGGUAACCCAGGCCUCUGAGUCUGUUUUUCCACUGACUAGCUGUGCGGUGGGUGUAACCUCAGACAAGUCAUGUCAUCUAUAGUAGAGACACGAUGCUGUUUACGUGGAAACGAAUGUCCACAGACUCCAGCACAGCGGCCCGCACAGGGCCCCCUUAACUCAUUCCUUGCAAAGCAAUGGCUGGCCCUCCUUGAAGACACAGUGUGAAAUGCUGGUGAAGACCAUGGAAGCCUCUCAGAGGUAGCCCCUUCAUCCUGUCCGGCUCACAAGCAUUUACUGAGCAGCCACCUUCCAGGCUGCUCACAAGCCCAGGCUCAGUCCGAAGGCAGGACUUCUAGUUCACCCUUGCUUCCCCAGCACCAAUCAGGCAGUGGGUACACAGCUGGGGCUUGGUCAUUGUUGAAUGACAGUGAUGAGUAAAUCAAUUUAGUAAACAAAUGGCUCUUUAGUCAGACCUCUUACAAAGUCCCUUGACUUCUCAGUCCAGAGGUGUUUGGGUCUGGACCUGCUGAGCAGGACGGAUGGGGCUGUGACAUUAAUAGCAACAGAAAAAUAACUAAACCCGCUGAACUGUGCUGCCCAACACUGUUGUAAAGAAUCCUGUGAGGUCCCAGCACUAGAGAGGCAGAGGCAGGAGGAUCUCAGAGAGUUUGAGGCCAGCCUUGUCUGCAUAGCUGGGAUCCCAGCUAGGGAUACAUAGUAAGGUCAACAAAAAAAAAAAAAAAAAGAAAGUUGAGCAGGGGGGUACUAGCACACAGCUUUAAUCCAAGCACUCUGGAGGUAGAGGCAGGUGGAUCUCUUGAGUUUGAGACCAGCUGGUCUACAGAGUGAGUUCCAGGACAGCCGGGGCUACACAGAGAAACACGGACUUGAAAAACCAAAUCCAAACCAAACCCAAAAAAGAUAAAAGAAAGGAGAAAAAAAAAAAAAGUUGGAAUGGUGGAGCACGCCUUUAAUCCCAGCACUUGGAAGACAGAAAGUGGAUCUCGAAUUCCGAAUUCCAGGCCAGCAUGGUCUACAGAAUGAGUUCCAGGACAACAGCCCGGGCUGCUACACAGAGAAACCCUGUCUCAAAAAACCCUGUCUAAAAAAAAAAAAAAAGAAAGAAAGAAAGAAAGAAAAAGAAAAGGAAAUAAUGUACACUUUGUAGUCGAGGAAACUGAGGUACAAAGAACAGAGGAAGCCUUCCUGAGGGAGAUGAUUACGUUUGAGAGGAAAAUCUGAGCUCAGGCUGGUAAAGCCAAAGAAGACGCGGCUUUGGGAAGAACUGCUGACCUUGCCGAACAGACAAACACUGUCCCGAAUUCAGGAGCCUGGCCUCUCCCUGCGUCUCCAUGGCAACAGUCUGCACAUGCGCUUUGCGGACCGUGUCUAGGCCUGGCGGAAGCAGGGUAUGCUGCCAGGACAAGAACGCUGGGCGGGCUUUUAAAAGAUCCGUCCCUCCCCCAGUCAGCCUGCAGGCGGGCACUGUGAAGGUUGGUGGUCCUAGGAGUCGGAAUUGAGGAGGCAGAGGCGAAGGGGGGCUGUGAGACCCUCGGAAGGCGUUCUCUGCCACAUCCUUACCUUACUGGCGUGCUCCACCAUGGCCAGACCUCCCAUGCACGGUUCCGUGAUUGUCCCAGACUGGCAUGAGACAGUCGAGGGCAAGGAGUACUUAGCCUGCAUCCUGCGCAAGAAUCGCCGACGGGAGUUUGGGUUGCUUGAACGGCCGGUGCCGCCCCCUUCGGUGGCCAUUGAUACAGCCAGCUACAAGAUCUUUGUGUCUGGGAAAAGUGGUGUGGGCAAAACAGCGCUGGUGGCGAAGCUGGCAGGCCUGGAAGUGCCCGUAGUGCACCAUGAGACCACUGGGAUUCAGACCACUGUGGUGUUUUGGCCGGCCAAGCUAAAGGACAGCAACCGCGUUGUCAUGUUCCGUUUUGAGUUCUGGGACUGUGGGGAGUCUGCCCUCAAGAAGUUUGACCACAUGCUGCCGGCUUGUAAAGAGAAUGCGGAUGCCUUCCUGUUCCUCUUUUCUUUCACUGACCGUGCCUCCUUUGAAGACCUUCCUGGACAGUUGACCCGUGUAGCUGGUGAAGCUCCUGGGGUGGUCAAGAUUGUUAUUGGCUCCAAGUUUGACCAGUACAUGCACACGGACGUGCCGGAGCGAGACCUCACAGCCUUCCGGCAGGCCUGGGAACUGCCCUUGUUUCGGGUGAAGAGUGUGCCAGGGCGGCGGCUGGCGGAUGGACGUACCCUGGAUGGGCGGGCUGGGCUGGCUGACACUGCCCAUGUGCUCAAUGGCCUUGCAGAACAUUUGUGGCACCAGGACCAGGUGGCAGCUGGCCUGCUGCCCAGUUCCCCAGAGAAUGCUCCGGGCUGAAGGGUGGUGGCAUCCUGAGUAGAGACUAGGACUCAUGAUCCCCACUUAUCCAUCCCUUGGAUGACCAGGAAGAUGGUGGGACUGAGGGCCCAAGGCUGAUUCGGGAACACUGUUCUGUCCUGAGGACUGGUUGAGGAGGGCUCUCACGUGAGGGCAAUGUGGGAACACAAGGCUCCAGAGCUGAAAGGGCUCCUAGCUCCACUACCCUUCACCCUUCUGCAACACCCACAGAGGGUAUGGUGUCGGGGAGGGGGUUACUCAGAAGGACCCUGGACCUCUCUUGCCUUUAGCCAGGAGCCUUAUCAUUUGAAGUCACACUAUCUGCUCUAACAGAUAAACUGAAAUCUCAGUGGCUGGAC